ACUCCCUACCGAGUUAAGUGUUAACGACAAAUGUUUAUUCCGGAGGGAUUACACAAAAAGUUCAUCUUGCCCCAUUCCCUCUCCUAUUCCUCGACCCCUGCACGGCUGCACCCCUCCUACGUUUUCGUCCGUUGCCCGCCGGUCUUCUGUGUUGCGCUCUCUCUCUCACUGUGCAGGAAUUUGCUGAUUUGAAUUGAUAACACAAUGAGAAAGAGACGGAGUUCCCACGUUGCUCGUAGUAGUUAUUGGAAUCAUUCUAUGCUUUUACGUCGUUUAGGGAGUUGUAACCGUUAUGAGAGUGUGGAGGAUGUUGUGAAAGAUUUGUGUUCGAGGUAUUCGGAGUACAAAAGAUUGAGUGCUGCAAUUCUCACUAAAAAUGUUCAAGAGGCUCUUUCUGAAUUAAACUGGAAGCAAAAUAAAGAUAGUGGGCGCAGAGAUGUUAAUGUUCGACAAUCAACGUCAACUUCAUCGUCAUCAUCUUCAUCUUUCGAGUCAAAUUCAAUGUCGGCACCAACAGACGGGCAAGUUUCAAAUCCAAAGUUUGACUUUAUGAAAUCGACGCUGAGGGAAACCUAUUGCCAUGGUGGAUUUGAAUCUGAUAAGACAGAAGAGAGUAUGAAAAAGAAAAAAGAGAUAACAAAUGUGGAAUUAUUAGAAAAGGAAGAAGAAAAUGAUGCAAUGGAGGAUAUUGUAAUGCAUGAGAGAAUAGAUGGAGGAACAGGAAGAAAGGAUUUGGAUUUAGAGCAUGGAAGAGAUAAGGUGCAAGGGCAGCCUAUGUUUAAGGAUUUUGGUGGUAUGCAUGAUGUAUUGGAGGAAUUGAAAUACAAUGUGCUUAUCCCACUUCGUUAUCCUGAACUCCUCAACCGACUAAGUCAGUUACAUGCAGGGCCACCAACAGGAAUAUUACUGCAUGGACCUCCUGGGUGUGGAAAGACCAUGUUGGCUCAAGCUAUAGCUAAUGAGGCCAAUGUUCCUUUAUAUCAGAUUGCAGCGCCUGAGAUAGUAUCUGGUGUUUCGGGUCAAUCAGAAGAAAACAUCCGUGAUCUAUUCUUGAAAGCUCGCAGGACUUCUCCUUCAAUUAUAUUCAUUGAUGAGAUUGAUGCCAUUGCGGAAAAAAGAGAAAACUUGCAGAAAGGGAUGGAAGGGAGAAUUGUCACUCAACUAUUGAAAUGCAUGGAUAAUAUCUAUGGGCUUGCACUUGUAGCUGAUCCAAAGAGUUCCAAUUGUGAGAGUAGACCAUCUUUAUCUCCGGCAGUUCCGGAGAUUUCAGUUCCUGAGAGGAGGCAAAGCCAUGUUCUUGUUAUUGGAGCAACCAACCGCCCAAACUCUCUCGACCCUGCAUUAAGGCGACCUGGAAGAUUUAGCUGGGAGAUUGAACUAGGAGUUCCAGAUGAAAAUGCAAGGUUUGAGAUACUUUCGGUGCUGACACAUGAUCUUGGUGUUCAAGAGGGUUUGGACCUUAAAAAGAUGGCUAGGGAUACACAAGGGUUUGUAGGGGCUGACUUGGAAGAAUAUGUUAGGAAAGCUUCUUUACAUGCUAUGCAGACAAUGAUAAACUUAAAGAAGGCUGGGGACAAUAAGGAGCGUGCGCUUGAGCACCAUGAUGACAAUUGGUGGAAGAAUUUACAUUUUAUGCAUGGAGAAGUGGAAACACUCUACCCCACAAUGGCAGAUUUUGAGGUUGCAGUUAAACGCGUUCAACCGUCUUUGAAAAGGGAAGGUUUCUCUACAGUUCCUAAUGUUAAAUGGGAAGAUGUUGGAGGCCUUGGUACCUUAAGGGAGGAGUUCCAGAGCUGUAUAAUUAAUCCUAUAAAGUAUCCUGAAGAAUAUGGGGCGUUUAGAGAGGAUUUACCUGCUGGUUUUUUGCUUUAUGGCCCCCCUGGUUGUGGUAAAACGCUGAUUGCCAAGGCUGUUGCUAAUGAGGCUGGAGCCAGUUUCAUAUAUAUCAAGGGUCCUGAACUUAUGGACAAAUAUGUUGGUGAAAGUGAAUUGGCUGUUCGCAAAAUCUUUAGCCGUGCUAGGACAUGUUCUCCAUGUAUUCUCUUCUUUGAUGAGGUGGAUGCUUUGACUGCAAAUCGUGGAGAAUCUAGUGGGGUUACUGAUAGGGUUCUUAAGCAGCUUCUUAUUGAGCUAGACGGUGCGGAGGAAAGACGGGGGGUGUACAUCAUUGGUGCUACAAAUCGACCUGAGUUGAUAGAUCGUGCUUUAUUGAGGCCUGGAAGAUUCGAGGAACUAUUAUACAUCCCUCUGCCUAGUCCUCAGGAACGUGGCUUAAUAUUGAGAGCCCUUGCUAGGAAGAGACCAAUAGAUACCAAUGUGGAUUUGAUCGAGAUUGCAGAGAGGACGGCUUGUGAUAAUUUUAGUGGUGCUGAUGUUGCCUGCCUGAUGCGCAGAGCCAGUAGGGUGUCUCAUCAGGAGAUGCAAUUAUCGAAGCAGAAGGGUUCAGGUGCCAUUCUGUGGAUUAUUAACACAAGUCAUUUCGAAAAAGCAUUGGUGGGAAUGUCUCCUUCUGUUAACAAAAAGCAACGAGAAUUCUAUGAUAGUCUGUCGCGCAGUUUUAAGCCAACCUAAGAAGUAUGCAGAUGAAACUCAUGAAAGUACUACACACUCGUGGAGGGAGAUGACGAAUGACGAGCCUAUAAUCAAAAGGCGUGCUUAUGUUAGAACUUCAUGUUGGGGAUUUGGAGAAGCCUUUAUCAACAACAAUUCAGCACCAGCUCCUGGACCAUCUUACAUUUCGAAUACAAUAGUUUAGAGAGAGCUAUUUAUUUUUUAUUUUUUUAUAAGGGUUUUUACUCUUUUUCAUGAGGGCCGGUUGGCGAUUCUAGGCAAAUCCCAGGGUUAACGAGCCUUAGAUAUACGAAGUAUCUUGUUUUAUGUUGAGAUGCAAGGCAACAUAAAUUUUGUAGCAACUUCUUUUUAUACAACAGCCUCCUAUUGUUUAUGGAAUCAACAUAUAUUGCAUCA